GGCAGUUCAGGCAGGGAAGAGAAGCAGCUCUUUGCAUCUCUACUGAAAGCAUUUUUCGACUCGACAAGUUUACCAGAGGAGAAAUCACCAGGAUUUUCUUUGCAGCAGCAGCAGCUUCCAGCUUCUUGUGUGCAUCUCUGUGUGUUUUUCUCCAGCGGGGACUUUCCACUGUUCAAGAUUCUCAGCUCCAGACGAGCAGGUAGCGGGCACGCGUGAGGGACUGGACGUCUUAGCCAACUCCUCUCCUUGUUUCUGGAAGAUCCUGGCUCUCUCUGGGACACCCUGAGCACGUGAGACCAGCAUUUCCAGCUGCACAUCGGGAGAAAUUUGCCUACAACUCUCUCUGGGAUCCCCGGGACCGAACAGCUCGCUCUGUGGUGAUAUUUGAUUUGGCUGUGUUUGUGUUGAAAAGUCCUUUGAGGGGGGUUUAGAAGUCUCUGUGUGUCUUUUGGGAAGUGUUGUAGUGGGGUUUUGGAGAGCCAGCUCUAGCAUUAGGGCUUACAACCUAGUUCUUUCCGUGUUUGACACUUGCACGGUAGGAGCCAUGCAGCUGGAUAAUGUCACCAAUGCGGGCAUUCACUCCUACCAGGGGCACCGUGGAGUGGCCAACAAGCCAAAUGUGAUCUUGCAGAUAGGGAAAUGCAGGGCAGAAAUGUUGGAGCAUGUCAGGAGAACCCACCGACACCUCCUGUCUGAGGUCUCCAAGCAGGUGGAACGCGAGCUGAAAGGCUUGCAGAAAUCAGUGGGGAAGUUAGAGAAUAACUUAGAGGACCAUGUCCCAACUGAUAACCAAAGAUGGAAGAAGUCUAUCAAGGCCUGCCUGGCCAGAUGCCAGGAAACCAUUGCCCAUCUGGAGAGGUGGGUCAAAAGGGAGAUGAAUGUUUGGAAGGAGGUCUUUUUCCGUCUGGAGAAGUGGGCAGACCGUCUGGAGUCCAUGGGAGGCAAAUAUUGCCCCGGGGACCAUGGCAAGCAGACAGUGUCUGUUGGGGUGGGAGGCCCAGAGUUAAGGCCAAGUGAGGGGGAGAUUUAUGAUUAUGCCCUUGAUAUGAGCCAAAUGUAUGCACUGACCCCUCCUCCUGGGGAGGUCCCCAGCAUCCCCCAGGCCCAUGAUUCCUACCAGUGGGUCUCGGUGUCAGAGGAUGCUCCAGUCUCCCCGGUGGAGACCCAGGUCUUUGAGGAUCCCAGGGAGUUCUUGAGCCACUUGGAGGAAUACUUAAAGCAGGUAGGUGGAACAGAGGAGUACUGGCUGUCUCAGAUCCAAAACCACAUGAACGGCCCAGCUAAAAAGUGGUGGGAAUACAAGCAGGACUCUGUCAAGAACUGGGUCGAGUUCAAGAAGGAGUUCCUGCAGUACAGCGAGGGCACUCUGACUAGGGAUGCUAUCAAAAGGGAGCUAGAUUUGCCUCAGAAAGAGGGAGAGCCCCUGGACCAGUUCCUUUGGCGCAAGAGAGACUUAUACCAGACCCUCUAUGUUGAUGCAGAUGAGGAGGAAAUUAUCCAGUAUGUGGUAGGCACCCUCCAGCCCAAACUGAAGCGCUUCUUGAGUUACCCCUUGCCCAAAACCUUAGAGCAGCUGAUCCAAAGAGGGAAGGAAGUCCAAGGCAACAUGGACCACUCUGAGGAGCCCAGCCCACAGAGGACCCCUGAGAUUCCAUCAGGAGAUUCUGUGGAGAGCGUGCCUCCCUCAACCACUGUCAGUCCCGUGCCGAGCAAUGGGACUCAACCUGAGCCCCCCAGCCCACCAGCUACUGUCAUAUGAGCCAGUCCAAGGGAGGCAGCAGUCUGGGUUACAUGAAAGGGAGAAGGGGGAGUAUUUAGGAAGCUUCUCUUUGGAGAGAGGUUCUGGCUGAGACGAGACAUGAGGUGUGCUCAGUCUAACAGCCCAUAGCAGCAGAAUUAACUUUUGCUUGUGGGGGGAGGGAGGUGGUGGGGGAGAGGCACCUUAGGAUGUGGUUGCCCACCUCACUUGAGCCAUGCAAUACAGUGGUGUUGGAGAUGCUGCUUGCACCACUGUGGGGAAUGGGACAAUUUUAUGAGAUCCCUGAGAAGAAACUAGAGACAAUUCCCAACUUCAGAGGCAGCCGCUUAGCGCUGGUGGCUUUCAAGGACUUCAAAUGAAUGCAGCAAUAGGCUGAGGGUUCCUACCCAUCUGGAUCUUUCCUACUCCUUCUCUCAUCCCUCUUCUGAAGAUGUGUCCCUGUCAUGAGGAGACAUCUUUCUUUUGACCCCUGCCCUUUUCUGAUUUACCACUGGGUGUCUAUUCACUUGGCAAUCUCCUGUUCUUAUUUGCUCCAAAGGAUUAAAUAAGUUUUAUUUAUUUUUUUAGAAGAAAUCUUAUGAUUUCAGGGACUGAAAACUUUCAAGAAUCUGGAUUAUUUUUAGUGGUUUUCAUUUCACUGCACCUAAUACCUGCUUUAACAAUUUUCCUCUCAAGAGGCUCUUACCUUGUUUUAGAUUCUGCUCACUUCAAUCAAGGCCACUGCUGUGCAGAGGCAAAUUUCACCCUUUCUCUGCACAUUAUACUGUGCAUUCAGCAGGAACCAGAGUUUCAAAUUAAAUUCUGAGCUCAUUUAUUGAAGGGGCAGCCUGCCUCCAUUCAGAGAAGAGAGGCUGCAAAUGUGGAGAGAGGAGGCACCAGAGCUACUUUGAGAGGGUGGGGGGGAAGUAAGGGAAAUAAAUCCUUAUACUUUGUAUGAAAACAAACACAUCCUAAAUCCAGAGCAAAAUAUCCCCAGAGCAGCAAAUUGAGUCCAUGCUGAUGUGUGGAGCCAACGGGAGUUUUUGCCAUGUAAAAGCAAAAAAGAGGUGAAGAAGAGAAGAACUAUGUGUCUGAGCACAGUUUCAGCUUGUGCAUCACAACAAAGAGUUUCUGCUCACACAGACAGACUUAAAAUGCUCUUGGAAAGCCCAGCAACCCUGUCCUGGAACACCUGAUGACAGAGGGUUGUCUGUUCAUAAAAAACUUUCUACAACAUCUUGCUGUGGAUGGAGACAGACUUGGACUCUGUGACAUAUUCCAUCUGAUGGCAGGACUUUGAGAUGAAACUGCUGUAAGACAUAUUCAGGAAGUUUGGCUCUUCAAAGCUUUUUUAGGCUGGACACAGCUUGAGCAUCAUCUGCAUUCACUACCUGACCAAAAAAAAAGCAACACUUCUGCAAGAGAUGCAGCAGGGAUGCAGCAACAGGAGUGUCCCUGGGAUGACCCUGCCACUACUACAGCAGUGACAUGUAGCGCCGGUGGCUCAGAAGGCCUUUGGUGUGCCUCCUUCCAAGAGGCUGAAGUGACUCACUCAGAUCUUCCUCUGAGAAGGAAUCACUCCACAGCACUCAGGAUUUGGAAGGAAAGCCAAAGAGAAAAAGCUUCAAAACCAAGGAUUGGAUCUGCUGUCAGGAUCUGUAGCCACCAACUGCCGGAUCCACUGUUUGAAGGAAAGAUUGGCACAGAGAUCCCUGCUGCUGUUGCUUAGUUUUGUUCUCUGUGUCCAAGGGUCUUCUUUCCCAGGGGAGAAGCAAGUGCUGCAGGAAGACAGAGGGCAAUCCAUGCACCAAAGAGCCUCCUGUGCAGUGCAAUGUCAUGUUCAAGGUGCUGAAAGCCAGAAUGAAAAGAAGAAGCCACUUCCAAUAGGAUGAAGAAAAGACUGAGCUGGUCCAGGUACUCAAAGCACAGAAGAAAGUGUGGAGAAUGAAGAGAGAAACCAAGAGGCAGAACAGAUGAACCAAGUCUGGGCUUUGGGGAUAGCAAAGAUGCUGGGCUUGUGCUGACUGUCUGUUGAGAUGAUACCAUACCUCUGCAAUUUGGGACCACCGAGACUCACGUAAAGAAAUCUUCACUAGAUUAUUGGUUAAAAAAAAACGCUCCUGAUCAACUUUGCCAAAUGACUGACCCUACCUAGGCUACGAACCCUCCAUGCUCUUAAUGCUGUAACUCAUUUUUCCUGAGUUGAGGGUAGCUUCAUUUCAUGCGGGUAUCAGUUUUCAAACCUCAAAGGGCUCUGGAGGUUUGGAGAAGCAUCCUGUGGUCCAGAUGCUUUUCUGAACUGCUUGAGUCUGCACAACUGGACCAGCUGUCUUGCCAGACUCUUGUGAGACAACAGGCUCUUCCUGGAUCUGCAUGGGCCAGAGUUACUGCAAGAACUGGGGUUCUUGUGCUGGCUUUGGUGUGACUGUUUCCAUCCAGACCCAGGGAGCACAAAAAGUGUGCAAAAGACAAGAGCUCGAGUGGGUUGAACAAGACAGCUUUGGUUCAUAUCUCAGCUGAAGAGGUCCAGUUGGUUCCUCUCUCUUCCAGAGCCAACUGUCUGGGUAUGUGAGUGUGUGUGCCUGUGUGAGUGAUAUGUGUGUUGAACAAGCAAAUCCACCUAACCAAAUUCCAUGGUGUUUUGUUGCAUUUGAGCUAAGCAAAUGGAACCUGAUGUACAUUCCAACAAUGCUCAGCAAAAAUGUCCAGGACUGGAAAAUUAUGUAAAACCAUGUAAAGGCAGACUUCACAGGCAUCAUCCCAAGGUCAAAAUGAUGUUUGAUUUUUAGGUGCUUAAUUUCCACAGUCCCUUUCAAGGGACUUGACUGCCUCAACAGGCAUUUUAUUUUUCUGUAGACUUUCCUGUCUUUUUAAUGAAUUAGCCUGUCUGUGUUACUUGGUCAUUUGGUCCUGAGGUUUAUACAUUUUCAGCUGACUUUUUGGAGUGUGUAUAACUGAAUCUCCUGGACUGAUUUUAUUUCAAUUAUUGCUCCUAGCAGACUGGAGCUUUACUUGUAGCACCCUGGCUUAUAUUACCAGCCUCUCCAGGAAGGACUGGUAGUUUAUUUUCCUAGGGUAGAGUCACAUGAGUGAAGAAGUGUGGAUGUGUUUUGUGUGUAAAAUUUUAGCCGAUUUCAACCACUGGAUUCUUUCUUUUUUUCCUUAGGCAAUUUUACAUUUGACUCUGACAAAACUACUUUAGAGUUUUUAUUUUUACUAGAGAUAUUAUUAACUCAAACAACCUUGUACAAAAGGCAAAUGCAGGUUAUAGGGGUUGAAGCCAAAAGGUCUUUGUAAGCCGACAUCACUUGCCCUAGAUCUGACUGUAUCAGACAGUUUAUUCCUCAUGUGUCAUGUUGGAGUUACAAGAUCACACCAAGCCACUAGAACCUGUCAAUAGAAUAGUGCUACACUCUAUUUGCUAUUGUAGCAAAGCCUUUUGUAGAUUUAUACAAUAAAACUUUGAAAUAUCUGCUUCAA